ACCGAAAGUUUGGUGCUUUGGAGGGAGAAGGGCUGAGGCUGGGGGGAAAAGGGCUGAAGUGCUCCGGAGAGGGAGAGAUGGAGUGAACUCUGAACCCGGAGCUUGUACUGCGCGUCCAAGCCCAGGAGGGAUGCAGCAUUCCCAGAAUAAGGAAGCGGCGUCCCAGGGCGGGGGGGACAUUUUGGAGGAAGGAUGAGGCCGCUGCUGUGCUGCCUGGGCAUCGCUGCGCUGCUGGGGCACAGCCUGGCCUGCCCCAGCGCCUGCUCCUGCUCUGCCAAGAAGAACGGGCGGCUGCUGGCCGAGUGCGCCUACAAGGAGCUGCUGGAGGUGCCCCUGGGGCUGUCCCCCAAUGUCUCCAUCCUCACCCUGUCAGCCAACAGGAUCGGCUGGCUGCGGCGGGGCGCCUUCGCCGAGGUCCCCGAGGUGCAGUCGCUGUGGCUGGGCUACAACCAGAUCGGCACCGUGGAGCCGGGGGCUUUUGCGCUCCUGGCGCAGCUGAAGAACCUGGACCUGAGCCACAACAAGAUUAUGGAUUUCCCCUGGCAGGACCUCCGCAACCUCAGCGGCUUGCAGAUCCUGAAGAUGAACAACAACCGGCUAGCCGGGCUGCCCCAGGAUGCCUUCCACGCCCUGAAGGACCUGCGCUCGCUGUGGCUGAACGACAACCAGCUCACCACGCUGGCCGAGGGCACCUUCGACAAGCUGCCCUCCCUGUCCCAGCUGCAGAUCUUCAACAACCCCUUCAACUGCUCCUGCAAGGUCUUCUGGCUGAAGAGGUGGACCGAGAGCACCUCCGUCUCCAUCACCAAGGGGGGAGCUACGCUGUGCGUGGCUCCGGGCAGGCUGAAGGGCAGGGCGGUGACGGACAUCCCCGAGCACCACUGCGUCGCCCCAUCCGUGCAGCUCACCUACCUCUCCAACCUGGACAACUCUGUCACGUACGAUGGCCUCACCCUGACGCUGCACUGCAGCGUGGCGGGCAGCCCCCCGCCAGAGAUCCGCUGGAAGAUCCAGACCUCCACCCGCGGCGUCGAGAUCAACGGGCCCACUGUGGCGCGGGAUGGGAAUGCUUCCCUCUCUGGGCGCACCAAGCAGAGCCAGGAGCGCUUCCUGGUUUUCAAGAACGGCACCAUGGCCAUCCCCAAGUUCAGCAAGGAGGAUGAAGGCAUCUACACCUGCCUUGCCGUCAACGACGUGGGCAUGCGGGAGGUCUCGGUCAACGUGGCUUUGGCUGGGUCGGAGAAUCCGGCCGAAGACCUGCUGCAGGAUGACCCCCAGGCCAGCCAUCUCGGGGGCCAGAGCUGCUACAAGGGUGACGAAAUGGAUCCAUCCGGGGCCGGGGAAAAGCUGGUGAUCGUUUACCACGUGCCGAGGGAGUCGAAGAGCAAGGCUGCAGGAGCCGUGCCCCGGGUCCGGCUGGGGACCCUCCUGCUGGCUUUGGGCAUCGCGCUGAGCUGGUAAAGGGGGAGAAGGAAACGGUGCCCGGGGGGCUCCCCCCUCUUUCUGUAUCAUUUAUCUUCACGUAGUGCCACGCGUUUGCUGAGCUUCUGGGAACUGCGGGCGGUUGGGAGUCCCAGGGGGCCUGGAGCCAAGCCCGGGGCUGGCAGCACAUCCCCUCCUCGAUGGGGGCUUGAGAGCUUCAAAUAGGCUUGGGUGAAACGUGACAUGGAGCAGCUCAGCACCAUGCUGCCACUUUCCAGGCACCCACGUCUGCCACCAGCUCCCCUCUGAGACCAAAACCGGGCUGCAGGGGUGAAGCCCACCCACUAUGGGGCAACCCCCCCAGUCUCAGAGCCCCCCCCACCAGCCCUCCUCCACCUGCAGCCCCAGGGGUGGGCAGGGGGCACAAAGGCCACGUCCCCACCCCGUCCAGGUGCUGGGUGUCAGCCAGGAGCACUCUUCCUACCACCAGCCUCCCGUGGAGCACCAGGGGCUGUAGGUCCGGGCUGAGCAAGCAGGGAGCCCUAGUAUGGGGUCUACAGGGCAUGUGGCUUUAGGGGCAGAAGUAGUGAGGCGCUUCUGAGCGGGAUAAAUAUGGUAGGAGAGGUGUGGGGCACGUUGUGCCAGGUCAAGGAUGUGAAUCAGGCCAUUUGGGGAGAAGCAUUUCCAUCCACUGCCUUCACCCCUGCGGGAAACUGGCUGGGGAAGGGAGCACCCGAGGUGCCUGUGCCCUCCUUGCAUCACAGGAUCAGGCCCUGCCCCCUCCGUGCCUCCCCCAGGUGGGACGCAAAUGCUUUCCCCCCUCCCUUUCACCACUGAAGCCCACGGUCCAAACCGCUCGGCUGGGCUGGACCCACCGGGCUGCGCUGCUCCGGCUCCAAGGCUUCGAAAGCAGGGGGGAAACCGAGACCAAAGAGACCCAAAGGAAAAAGAAAAUUCCCCUGAAAGUGCUUCAGCAGCCCCAUUGGGACGUACACACCAUGCCCACCACCCCAGGGUGCUGGGGACCCGCUGAGCACCUCCCUCUCCCCACCCCAUGGCACGGCUGUCCUUCCUCGUGCCUUCUGCUAAGCGCUCACCUGCGGGAGCUGUGCAGCCUCCUGCAGCCCUAUAACCAAAGCUGUAUGGCCAGCCGAGUACCAAGCACAAUAAAUACCUUUUAUAAGCCAA